AUGGAUGGCGAACGACCGUCAACGAGACGAGGUCGUCCGCCGCCGCCGAUAGCGCUCGCGCCCUUGCCAACGCGCUUCGGCGGUGCCGGCCAGCCAUCGUCGAUCGUUGAGCACGACGAGGAAGAGGGCCCACACCACACCUCCAGCCCACUAAGCCGUUCCCACGACAACACACCCCGCCCCAUCCGACCACACGACGACGACGAAGACGUAGACGGCGUCUUUGCGUUUGCGCGACCACCGACGUCCGACGCUCCGCCGAUACACCAGUAUCCGCCCGGCCUGCAACGCCAUGACGACGGUGGAGAUGGAGUCUUUGCUUUCGCGCCGCCAGCCUCUCCGUGGCCUCCCGCCUCGCUUCCCUCGUCGCGGGACGGCAGCAGUGCGGGCGGCAGCAGCGGGCAGCACCGCCCGUCGACCGCCCGUCCCUCCACUCGCUCCAUGACUUCUCUGCAAUACCCGCAAGGCUUGCAGCGCCUCGACAGUGUCGACGCAGGAACAUUUGCCUUCUCGUCACCGACGACAUCGGAAGCGCGUCACCUCACGACACCGGGAGAAGAGGGGGCGUCGUCAUACAACUCGCACCGCCCGCUGCGGCCAACGCGCGACGACGAAGAGGACACUGACGGCGUCUUCGCCUUCUCGAACCCGUCAUUGCCAGAGGAGCAGCAGUAUCACGCCAGUCGCAGCCACGACUCUUCCUUAGCUGACUAUGCGAACCCAUACGCCCCGCCAGAGUCAUCGACAGCCAACCCCUGGACGAACGCCGGCCAGCAGGCACCCAUCCCUUACUCUGUCCCGGAGGAAGGCACCUUCGCGUUCGCGACGCCCGAGGAGGCAUACAUCCCGAGUGAUCGGCUCACCGUCGGACAACCGGUGCCAUUGCCAGGAAACUCGGACUCCACCUUUGGCAACAAUGCCGACACCCUCAGCAAGCGGAACACCGCUGUCGACGUUGAGCUGGGACAGCCUAUCGGGUCGCCGACGACAACGGCGUACCAGCAUUCGACAGUACGGGAGCCGCUGCUCGAGCCGAAUCUGAACCGCUCUGCUUUCAGAGAUUGGCGCUACGAUACUCCGCCAGAGGAGAGUGGCUUGCGCCGGCGCCACGUUUAUCCUCCGCCACCAGCUGACGUUGCCAGCGUGAAGCCGACCGACCCGCAAGCGAGCGGCGACAAGCUCGACCAGCUAGACCAGAAUAAUGAUUCUCGCCCCGUGCUGCUGAAGCGCCCAAAGACGGCGUACACCGAAGCUACAGAGCGAACGGAGCAGACGGUCCCGCACGGCGUCACGACGUGGGGCGACGGCAUCGGUGGCGAGCUGAAUACGAGUAUCAGCCCGCGUUCGUCCUUUGACGAGGACAGCCCGUACCCUGAGGUGCGCGCGGCCGUGUCGAACCUGGACGACCCGGAGAUGCCGGCCCUCACGUUCCGCGUGUUCUUCAUCGGCAUUCUCAUGACGAUGAUUCGCGCCGCACUCAACACGUUCUUCCGCCUGCGCCCACCCGCACCGUAUAUUGCGCCGACGCUCGUGUGUUUCUUCGCGUACCCGUUCGGCCAGCUGCUGGCGUGGAUCCUGCCGAUCGGCGAGUGGAAGCUGCCAAAGUGGCUCGGCGGGUUCACGUUCGACCUGAAUCCGUGCUCGUUUAACAUCAAGGAGCACUCUUUGAUUGUGGCGAUGAGUGACAUUGGCGGCAAUGUGUGCGGCGUCGUCAUCUCGAUCGCGACAUUGAAGCGCAACUACCACAUCAGUCACAACGCAAUGUUCACGAUCUUGCUCUGUAUCGUGACGCAGGCAACGGGCUCCGCAUUUGCGUACCUGCUGCAGAGGAGCGCGGUCCAAUCUGCGUCACUCCUCUGGCCCGAACUGCUCGGCACGACGACUCUGCUGAAUACGCUACAUGCGGAUAGCUCGGACGGCAGGGGCAUCAGCCGCAAGAGGUUCUUCGGGCUAUCGGCCCUCGGCAUGUUCCUGUACACCCCAAUUCCGGCGCGGCUGUUCUCAGCAAUGGCGUUCCCAGACUUCCCGACGUGGAUUGCGCCUCACAACAUUACGGUGAACCAAGUCUUUGGCGUCGCGACCGGCAUGGGUCUCUUUCCCGUGACACUCGACUAUACGCAAGUCAUGAAGAUGGCGACCCCGUUCUACAUCCCAUGGUUGACGGCGCUGAACAUCUUCCUCGGCUGGUCGCUGUUCUACUGCAUGAUCGCUCCCGCGCUGUACUACACCAACAAGUGGUUCACGGGGUAUAUGCCAAUGUCGAGCUCGCGCAUUGCCGACCGCUUCGGGAUGCCCUACAACGUUACCCGCGUGCUGCAGGGCGACAGGUUGAACGAGGAGGCGUACCACGCCUACUCGCCGAUCUACUUUGCGGCAUCGUACCACGCAACCCACCUCAUGGCCUUUGGCGUUGCGACAAGUGUCCUGACGCAUUUCGCAGUGCACCACGGAGCGCACUUCUGGCGCUGCCUUCGCAAGAAGGGCGACGAGGAGCCGCCCGAUGUGCACGCCAAGAUGAUGCGUGCGUACAAGGGUAUUCCCGGUUGGUGGUUUGGCGUUCUGCUCCUCGUAUGCUUUGUGUGUGGCAUCAUCGGCGUGGAGGUGUACGACACGGAGCUGCCCGUGUGGGGUGUCGUGCUUGGUCUGAUUCUCGGCGCGCUCUUCGCGAUCCCCUCCACCUUCAUGGCAGGAGUGACGACCUUUACGCCGCCCACGAACGUGAUCUACGAGCUCGUCGCGGGCUUCCUGUGGCCCGGACGACCGAUCCCGCUGCUCCUCUUCAAGUCCCUGGGGUUGCAGACCGUCCACGCCACGGUCGGCUUCACGCGCGGCCUCAAGCUCGGGCACUACAUGAAGGUGCCCCCGCAGGACCUGUUCAUCGUGCAAGUCAUCGGUCUCAUCGUGUGCGUCCUCGUGAACGCGGGCAUGCUGGCGUGGGUUCCUCCCUGCGACCAGUGCACGUUCACGACGGCCGACUAUUCUGCAUCGGUGAUCUGGGGCGUGAUCGGUCCCCGCCGCCUCUUCGCCGCCGGAGCACCAUACAGUUCCCAGCUGUGGGUACUGCUCGCCGGCGCCCUCCUCCCCUUGGUCCUGUACUAUGCGCGCCGCCGCGCCGCCGUCCUCACCCACCUCCCCGGUGUCAGUGCGCCCUGCCUCGCCUCGGUCCUCAACGCGCUCGGCGCCAUCAACGUUCCUCUCAUGCUCUCCAGCGCCUACUUCUGGCCCACGGUCAGCUUCAUGCACGUUGCGACCUUCACUGCGAUCGUGUUUGGCGCAAACUACUACACGCGCCGAAGACACACGCGCUGGUGGAUCAAGUACAACUAUGUCCUUGGCGCCGGGCUCGGCGUCGGCUGUGUGCUCGCGCAGAUCCUGUGUUACCUCGUCUUUGACGUGAAGGAGAUCAGCGUCAAUUGGUGGGGCAACAAUGUGUGGCAGAACACGGCGGAUUACAAUGGCACGGCGGUAUCGAGGAGGGCCCCGAAGGCUGGUUUCGGACCGAGUGUCUUCCCCUAG